CCAUCAGUCGCUGAAGGGUCCGCCAUGGUUACCGUUCCUAAGACUCGCAAAACCUAUUGCAAGCGCUGCAAGAAGCAUACCGGUCAAAAGGUUACCCAGUACAAGACCGGUAAGGCUUCCUUGGUCGCCCAGGGUAAGAGGCGUUACGAUAGUAAGCAGGCCGGUUUCGGAGGUCAGACCAAGCCUGUCUUCCGUAAGAAGGCUAAGACUACUAAGAAGAUCGUCCUUAAGUUGGAGUGCACCAAGUGCAAGUGCAAGCGUAUGAUGCCCAUCAAGCGUUGCAAGCAUUUCGAGCUCGGCGAUAGCUCUAAGAAGAAGGCCGAGGCCGCCUUGUACGGUAAGAAGCGAUAAAUGUCUAGGCAGCUUGCUAUUGACUGGUCCGCUUCAGUGAUGUUU